AUGCACGACAUAUUCGGCUGCCUCAUCAUUAUAGAUAGGCCUUCUGCGCCUCCAGGUGGUCGAGGAAGGUGGGGAGACGGUGAAGACGGUAGAUUUGACAAUGAGGAUCGACAUCGCCAUCGUGACGGCGGAAGCGAUUUCUUUGGUGGUGGAGGAGGACAUCGUGAUGACUUCGGCGGACGAGGGGGCGAAGGUGGUUGGGGUGGAGACCGCGAUGAGUUUGGCGGAAGAGGCCACUUUGGAGGUCGUGGAGAAGGCCUUGAUGGCUUGGACGGUAGAGGUGGAAGAGGUGGUGGAGGUGGACGAGGAGGAGGCCAUGAUGGUUUUGACGGGAAAGAUGGAAGAGUUGGUGGAGGUGGACGAGGAGGUGACCGUGAUAGUUCCGAUGGAAGAGGUGGAAAAGGUGGUGGAGGUGGACGAGGAGGAAACCGCGAUGGUUCAGAUGGAAAAGGUGGAAGAGGUGGUGGAGGUGGACGAGGAGGAGACCGCGACGACAAUAACGGAAGAGGAGGCAACGGAAAUAAAGGAGGAGAUCGUGGACAUAAUCGAGAUGAUAACUCAAAGGGAUCAGAUAAACAGAACAAUCUUGGUUCCACCAACAUCUAUCACCGCUUCAACGAUUCUACAGCGGAAAAGACGAUAGACAUCGUUUUCAUACUGAAAAUCAGCCAAUUUCCACUUUCACCUCUAAAGGAUUCCAUUCAGAAGAUAAUAUUAUUGUGUAUCAUUUCUUCACAAGGUCCCAUUGGGAAAAUGAUUACUGUGGAGAAGUUCAAUCAGCAUCAAGGCGAAAUCAAGCGCCGUUGCCCUCAUAUGGUUCCUCUUUUUGCCGCUUUGAACGCAAAAGGAGACACUCAAAAACUCACUACUAAUCAAGGAGAGCUAAACAGUCUUCUUAGCAGCGGAUGGUAUGCAAUUCAACAAGUUGGAUAUUGUGUGAAUAGUAAGAAUUGCGGUGCAACGAAAGUUUUACGAGAGUUACGAGUCACUGCUAAACUAGGCGAUAUUGUCUACACAACGGAUAACAACGAAUUCAAUAUUCUAAACUACCAGAGACCAGAAUAUCGUGGAUCAGGAUCAGGACCUAUGUGCUACCUUUGGUAG